UUCAAAACAAGGUGAAACGGAACGGUUGUGUUAGUUUUUCGGAAUAAUUUUUCUUCAUUCAGCUCGCAUUCUUGUUUCAUUGACGUUCCCCUUGUUUGUAAAUAAUAACCGCUGGAAAUAGUACGCAAUGUAAAAUUACGCGCAUUCCUGUACUGAGUGCACAUUACGUAAACUAUUAGUAUUACACGUUAAAUGAAAUAUGCAAUGAGUCCUAACCUAUCGAAUGUAUUGUAAAGUUUUCAAGUGAUAAAGAAAUGAUACGGGAUAAUGCCGCCUUUUAGAAGGAAGAAGGCUGCUAAGUCGUUCCCUGUUAAAGUUUGUACAUUGGAUGCGGAAUUAGAGUUUGACCUUGAGUGGAGAGCAACUGGCAGAGAUUUAUUUGAUUUAGUGUGCAGAACAAUUGGCUUAAGAGAAACAUGGUUCUUUGGGUUGCAAUUUGAGGACACUAAACAUUUUAUUAGUUGGCUGAAGUUAGAUAAAAGAGUACAAGAACAAUGCGUCUCACAAAUGCCGGGGACACCAUUUAUGUUACUCUGCAAAUUAUAUCCUGAAGAUGUGGCCGAGGAGCUGAUCCAGGAAGUGACUCAACACCUCUUAUUCCUACAGGUCAAGCAAGCCAUACUGAAGAUGGAUAUAUAUUGCCCACCUGAAGCCUCCGUUCUACUUGCAAGUUAUGCUGUACAAGCUAAGUAUGGUGACUAUGAUGAAACAGCAUCAAAACCAGGAAUGUUAGCUAAUGAGGAUCUGUUACCUCAAAGGGUCAUCGAUCAAUACCAGAUGACACCCGAAAUGUGGGAGGAAAGGAUCAAGAUAUGGUAUGCAGAUCACAAAGGCAUGUCAAGGGAUGAAGCGGAAAUGGAAUAUUUGAAAAUUGCUCAAGAUCUGGACAUGUAUGGAGUUAACUAUUUUGCUAUUAAUAAUAAGAAGGAAACCGAUCUGUAUCUGGGAGUCACAGCUUUAGGUCUGAAUAUAUACGAGAAGGACAAUAAGGUCACUCCCAAAACAACCUUCCCCUGGUCAGAGAUUAAGCACAUAUCUUUUGAUGACAAAAAGUUUGUUAUAAAAUUUGUGGACAAAUCUGUGAAUAAUUUUAUAUUUUUCUCACCCAAAGGGAUGAAUAAGCUGAUCUUGGACCUUUGUAUUGGCAACCAUGACUUGUAUAUGCGGCGACGGAAACCUGAUACUAUGGAGGUGCAGCAGAUGAAGGCUCAGGCUAAGGAGGAGAAGCAGCGUCGUCAGAUAGAGCGUAACAAACUGUCCCGCGAGAAGCAGCUGCGUGAGGCGGCGGAGCGGGAACGAGCUGCUAUGGAGCAGCGUCUGUUACAGUACCAGGAGGAGAUACGACUAGCCAAUGACGCUCUGCGUCGCUCAGAAGAAACAGCUGAGUUGUUGGCAGAGAAGGGUCGUGUGGCUGAAGAAGAGGCUUCCUUGUUAGCACAGAAAGCGUCUGAUGCGGAGAGGGAGAACGCUAGACUGAGACUCUCCGCGAUACGCACUGAGGAGGAGAAGGUUCAUCUAGAACGUAAGACGAGAGAAGCAGAGUUCCUAACGGCACGUCUCGUGGAAGAAUCCGAGAAGAGAGCGGCGGAGGCGGAAAGACUGAAGGCGGAGUUGGUAGCAGCUAGAGUAGCAGAGAAGCAAGCAAAGGAGAAGCUGCUGAACUUCCUCAGUAGGACCUCAAAUGGAUCCCUGCCACCUCCGUCUGCGAGCUCAUCGCCGUUCCCGUCUUCAUGUUCUCUACCAGCGGAACUGUCGGAGGCACCGUUGGCUGACCCUGAGCUGACUGCGUACACCCUCGUCAGUGACGACGACCCUCACAUACACAGGCUCAGUGUUGAAAUAGAAAAGGAACGUGUCGAAUAUCUGGCGAAGUCGAAGCACCUCCAACAACAGCUGGAUGAGCUGCGCUGUGAGUUCUCAGUACUGAGGGUAGAGCAGGGCGGGUUGGACCACCUCCAUGAUGUACAGGCUCGGGCCGGCGAGGACAAGUACAGUACACUGAGACGACUGAAGCAGGGCUCCACCAGGACGAGGGUCGCCUUCUAUGAGGACCUGUAAUGGAAUAUGGUAACCAACACAUCGUACAUCAUAAAGUAGAAAACUUCUAACAUUAUAUAUAAUUAAUAAAACUAUUAUAAAUAUAAGUAACUAACGUCGAAUAUAGAAGCGAACACACGCAGCCAGGGCCUGGAAUGUUACUGGCUGUUCAGUGCCUUAUCAGAUAGCAUAAUACGAACUGUUCCAUUAUUCGGUACAAAUUUAUUAAAUUAUAUUUUGUAACGUAUUAUUUAUAAGCCCCUAUAGUGUACUUGUAUUUACUCCACAAAAUAAUAUUGCCAUAUAAUUUUUUUAGUUUAUUUAAGUUUUUUUUUAUAUGAAAAAUUUCUUUUUUUUUUUUAAGAUGUAACAGUUGACGCUAAUAAUUAUUUUAUUCGAUACAAAACCAAGUUAAUCUCUUCAUUCUAUAGACAAAAGAAAAAAAAUUGCCCGACUGAUAUUUAUAGUAAUAAUUUUUUUUUUACAAUAUUUAGGAAUUAUUAAAAAUUUAGAUCUGUUAUAUUUAAUGUGUUCUUCGAAUCGAGGUCCUUUUUAAUUUUUCUCUUUUUAUUUUUUUUUGCUUCAUAAAAUCAAGACGCACAAUCAGUAAGUUGAAUUUUUAUUUAUUUAAAUCGUAUAUAUCUUACAGGUAUAUAGCCAUUUUAUGUUAUAAACUUAUGUACUAUAUUUAGAUAUAAAUAUUGAUAUUUAAGUAGCUACAGACGGAAAGUAACAUACAAAGAACAAAACAAGUCAAUUAUUUGACUAUGAUUAUCAAAUCGUUCACAGUACCAAAUUAUUUAGAGGUUACAGUGUAAAAUAAUUUUAUGCAUAAGGUGCUUUGAAAGAUAUCCAAAAACUAUUGAUGCCAUGGAGUAAAUUUCGAAAUAAAAUAUUCUUAAAUUUGUAUCUUAUCAUCAAUUUAAAUAAAAGUAACAACAACAUGUACUAUUAAUAAUAUAGUUAUUAUAAUUAAUUUUAAGUUCACAUUUUCCUUUUAUAUUUUUUUGGUUACAAAACAAUUUAUAUUCGCUUUUAUAAUUCGAUUUACAAAAUAAUGUAGCAACAUUUAUACGCAAUACUAAUAAUGUUAUGAAAGUGUUUAUUGGUAUCGUUUGGUAAUUAUUAUUUAUAACUGAACCUUUCGGAUGUGAUGAUAACAUGUAUGUGCCUUAUAACAGAAAAUUGUAUGUAAAUAUAUUUAUAAAAUAAUAUUACCUCUCAUGCCACUUCAUGGAUGUAAAAUAACCACGUAAUUCUAUUUUAUUAAGAAAAUUUACACAAUGUGAUUGCAAUAAUUGUAUCAUUAGAAUAGAAUAUUUACAAUGUGUAUAAGUAAUACAUGCUAUGGUACAUUGACA